AUGACGGCUCAUGAUCACGGAGGUCAACCUCCAAGCUUUUCCUCAAACGAAAACAUUCAAGAAAACGUUCAAUCUCAGUCCGAAGUCACCAUCACCAACUAUGAUGGCGCCGCAAGAGAAGAGGAGGCGCGGAUGGAGGAGGAGCUUCACGAAUUGGCACGCCGAUACACGACCGCCUCAAACUAUCAAGGGACGCUUUUCCCUCACCAACCAGGCGGCCCGCUUGAUCCCAGCAGCGACAAGUUCAGUGCCCGCAAGUGGGCCAAGGCCUUUUAUGACCUGAGGGUCGACACGGCCGAGGGUAGUCCACCUCGGACCACGGGUAUUGCGUUCAAGAACCUCAGCGUCCAUGGCUUUGGGACGAGCACCGACUUCCAAAAGGAUGUGGGCAAUGCCAUCCUCGACGUCGGCUCCAUGGUGGACAAGAUGCUGGGCAGGAAACAACAGCGAAUCGACAUCCUCCACAACCUCGAAGGGGUGGUACACGCGGGAGAGUUGCUGGCAGUUCUCGGACCACCGGGAUCGGGCUGUUCGACGUUCCUCAAGACGGUGGCUGGGGAGACGCAUGGCUUCCACGUCGACCCGGAAGCGACCAUCAACUACCAGGGGAUCCACCCCAAGCAGAUGCGGACGUCGUUCCGGGGCGAGGCCAUCUACACGGCCGAGGUCGACAACCACUUUGCGCACCUCUCGGUCGGCGACACGCUCUACUUUGCCGCGAGGUGUCGGAUGCCCAAGAACAUACCGCCGGGGAUAUCGAGACGGGAAUACGCCGAGCAUCUUCGCGAUGUGACCAUGGCCAUGUUUGGGAUUUCACACACGAUAAACACCAAGGUCGGGGACGACUUCGUCAGGGGUGUGAGCGGUGGAGAGAGAAAGAGAGUUACCAUCGCCGAGGCGGCUCUGAGCUACUCGCCUCUGCAAUGCUGGGAUAACAGCACAAGGGGUCUCGACAGCGCAAAUGCCAUUGAGUUUGUGCGUACCUUGCGAACACAGUCCGAUAUAAUGUCGUGCACAUCUGCCGUGGCAAUCUAUCAAGCGCCUCAGGAUGCCUAUGACCUCUUUCACAAAGUCAUCGUCCUUUACGAAGGCCGCCAGAUCUAUUUUGGCCCGACCGGAGAAGCUCGAGCGUACUUUGAAAACCUGGGCUUUGUUUGCCCCGACCAACAAACCACGGCCGACUUUCUCACAUCCAUGACCAGCGAUCAAGAACGCGUGAUUCGUCCUGGCUGGGAGGGCAAGGCGCCCCGAAGUCCCGACGAGUUCGCAAAAGCCUGGAUGAACAGCCGACAGCGUGCGGCUCUGAUGGUCGAGAUUGACGACUACAUCGAGCGACAUCCCUUCGACGGCCAAGACCUUCAAACGUUUGCCAAGUCGCGAAGGAUGGACCAGUCCAAGACCCAGCGGGCAAAGUCGCCUUAUACGCUGUCGUUUGUUGAACAGCUGGGGAUAACGCUGUGGCGCAGCAUGAUCAUGCUCAAGAACGACCCGAGCACCAUGCUGACGUCGCUCUUCACAAACACGUUCCAGGCGCUCAUCAUCGGAAGCAUAUUCUUCAACCUCCCGGCCGAUGCCUCGUCGUUUUUCAAACGGGGUACCCUGCUGUUCUUUUUGAUUCUCAUGAACGCUUUCGGCAGCAUCCUUGAGAUCCUGUCGCUGUACUCCAAGCGCACGAUAGUGGAAAAGCACGCGCGCUACGCCCUCUAUCGUCCUUCGGUCGAGGCCUUGUCUGCCAUGGUGGCCGACUUGCCUUAUAAGAUUGUCAACGCCAUCGUCAUGAACACCAUCCUCUAUUUUAUGGGCAAUUUGCGAAGAGAGGCAGGGGCUUAUUUUUUCUUCCUGCUCAUCUCCUUCGCCAUGACCUUGGCCAUGUCCAUGAUGUUCCGCCUGAUCGGUUCCGUCACCAAAACGAUCUCGGCGGCCAUGGCCCCUGCGUCCAUCAUCCUGCUCGCCAUCGUGCUCUACACGGGCUUCGCCAUCCCGACGCAGUACAUGCAGGUGUGGCUGGGCUGGCUGAGGUGGAUCAACCCGGUCUACUACGGGCUCGAGAGCAUCAUGUUGAACGAGUUCCUCGGUCGCGAGUUUGAAUGCACGACGUUUAUCCCAUCCGGCGGUCCUUACAACAAUGUCCCCUCGACCAGCCGGGUCUGCACCUCGGUCGGAUCGGUCCCGGGGCAACCUUUUGUGACGGGCGCUGCCUAUCUUCAAUCGUCAUACAACUACCUGGGUGAGCACAAGUGGCGCAACUUCGGAGUGGUGAUUGCGUUCACGUUCCUCUUCAUGGUUCUGCAUCUCGUGGCGACCGAAUACGUGGCCGCGGCCCGCUCCAAGGGAGAGGUCCUGGUGUUUACCAGAAAGGCGUUGAUGGCUCGCAAGCGCCAGCAAAAGUCGAGCAGCAGUGACGUUGAGAUGUCGAGCCCGGGCAGGCAGUACCUUGAAGAAAGCAGCGACGACGGGCCCGUCGACAUGGAGAAGCAGACCUCCGUCUUCCACUGGAAGGAUGUUUGCUACGACAUCAAGAUCAAGGGGGAGCCGCGACGGAUCCUGGACCACGUCGACGGUUGGGUCAAACCCGGAACCCUCACGGCCCUCAUGGGAGUCUCGGGCGCCGGCAAGACCACGCUGCUGGACGUCCUGGCCAGCCGGGUCACCAUGGGUGUGAUCAGCGGCUCCAUGCUCGUCGACGGGCAGCCUCGGGACUCGUCGUUUCAGCGCAAGACCGGCUACGUGCAACAGCAAGACCUUCACCUGCACACCUCGACCGUGCGGGAGGCCUUGACGUUUUCGGCCAUCCUCCGACAGCCGGCGCACUACACCAAAAAGGAAAAGAUCGCCUACGUCGACACCGUCAUCAGCAUGCUCGGCAUGGAAGAGUACGCCGACGCGGUCAUCGGCAUUCCGGGCGAAGGGCUCAACGUCGAGCAGCGCAAGCGGCUAACCAUCGGCGUCGAGUUGGCAGCCCGUCCGCAGCUCCUUCUCUUCCUCGACGAGCCGACGUCGGGUCUCGACAGCCAGACGUCGUGGUCGAUCUGCAACCUGAUGGAGAAGCUCACGCGCAGUGGACAGGCCGUCCUGUGCACCAUCCACCAGCCCUCGGCGAUUCUGUUUCAGCGUUUCGACAGGCUGUUGCUGCUCGCCAGGGGCGGCCGCACCGUCUACUUUGGAGAGAUCGGGAAAAACUCGCAGACGCUGAUGGACUAUUUCGUCCGCAACGGAGGGCCCGAGUGUCCAGAGGGGGCCAACCCCGCGGAGCACAUGCUCGAGGUGAUUGGGGCGGCGCCCGGUGCGCGCACCGAAAUCGACUGGCCGGCCGUUUGGCGCCAGAGCCCCGAGUACCAGGGUGUGCAGGCCGAGCUGGCCCGUCUUUCAUCGACCAGGGCGGCGCCGGUCUCGAGCGACAGUUCGCAGCACAGCGAAUUCGCCGCCGGCAUGGGCACCCAGCUUCAGCAGGUCACCAAGCGCGUGUUCCAGCAGUACUGGAGAAUGCCUGCUCUGGUCGCGUCCAAGGCCAUUUUGUCGUUUGGCACGGCCCUCUUCAUCGGACUUUCGUUCCUUAAUGCCCAAAACUCGAUGCGUGGGCUCCAAAACCAAAUGUUUGGCGUUUUCAUGUUCCUCGGGGUUUUUGGUCAAAUCGUCAACCAAAUCAUGCCCUUGUUUGUCGCCCAAAGGGCAAUGUACGAGGCUCGUGAACGACCAUCCAAGGCGUAUUCCUGGCAAUCAUUUAUUUUUGCCAACGUGGUCGUCGAAAUGGCUUGGAACUCUCUCAUGGGCACUCUGAGUUUCAUCUGCUGGUACUUCCCCAUGGGCCUUUACCGCAACGCCUACGCCACCGACGCAGUGGACAGCCGGGCGGCCACAAUGUUUCUUCAGGUCUGGAUCUUCUUCAUCUUUGUCACGUCGUUCGCCUUUAUGGGCAUCGCGGCUCUCCAGUCCGCCGAGGUGGCCGGCAACGUGGUCAACCUCUUGACCAUCAUGAUGUUCUCGUUCUGCGGCGUGCUCGCCGGCCCGAACGACCUGCCCCGCUUCUGGAUCUUCAUGUACCGCGUCAACCCGUUCACGUACGUGGUCGAAAGCUUCCUGGGCAUAGGCAUCUCAGACACGACCGUCACCUGCGCCGACAACGAGUACGUCACCUUCAACCCGGCCAACGGGACCUGCGGCGAAUACAUGGCGCCCUACAUCUCGGCCGCUGGAGGCUACCUGCAGAACCCCGGGGCCACCAGCGACUGCAGCUACUGCUCCAUGAGCAGCACCAACACCUUCCUGGCCGGCCUCAACAUCGACCCCUCCAACAGGUGGCGGAACUUUGGGUUCAUGUGGGUAUAUGUUAUUUUCAAUCUGGCGGCGGCCGUGACCUUGUACUGGAUUGCGAGGGUACCUAAGCGCAAGGUGAAGAAGGAGUAA